UUUUUAGCCUAGCGGUAACUUGGAUGCAACAAAAGAAUUUACAACCUUGUUGAAGCCAACCCCUACAUUCAUCAGUGAGUCUGAUCCGUCUCCACGACAACAAGGCAUACACAAAUAGGGUCUCGUUGUCCCAGUUGAAGCCAUUCAGAUGCCACUUACAGCCGUGCCGAGUCCGGAACUGAUGGGUGAAUAAUCUCUCACCACAUUUGAAGUGACUUUGACUUCUUUUACCAUGCCAACCAAAUCCAGGUCUCAAAGUUCUCGGCCCGCCAAGAAGACUGGGGGUCCAAAAACGCCCAAAAAGAGGUCGCCCAGUGCCAAAUCCACCAAGACAGAGGUGGACCUCCUCAGCCCAGCAGCCAUGGAGAACGUCUACUACAUUUCCCACAAUGCAAUGGACUGUCUGCAGUUCAGAGGCUUUGGAUGGCCAAAUUCAAAUAAGAAGACGAAUAAGAAGAGAACAAAGCGCAAGAAGAAAAAGUAAAUUAUUAUAUAUUCUUUUGCCAAAUAUAAUGAAUAUUAGGCUAAAAUGUGUAACAUUAAUGUCUUGUAAUGGCGCCAUCUUGUGUACACUUUUAUUGACAACCCAUGUACCAAAGCAGAUAUAAAAAUGUAUGUAUUGUCUUUUUCCAAAAAACAGAAAUGUGCCAAACAAACUUUACUUCAUUCACGAGGCAACAACCUCUUAACAGCAACUUUAUUGUAAGCUGAAUGAUUCAGAUUCACGAAUGUCAAGAUUUGGCAGUUCUUUUUUACACCAGAAGCUUGUCAAGGAAAACCUUUUGAUUAUGUGGAAUACAACAGAAGAGAACA